AUGUCUCCCACGAAAUUCCUCUUGUUAUCAGAUACAGUUGGAUGCACGGAUGUCCACAUAUCAUGCAACAACCAGCCACUACUCCACAAUUUAUAUCAACCCACAUCUUUCCAUCUUCUUUUCUUUCCUACCCAACGCAAAUCCAUAAUGACGUCGCCAAAUCCUCGCUCGUCUGCCUCAAUUAAAAUUGAGCCCGGACUGCCUGUCAAUGCCGAGUUAUUGGGAAGAUCGCUAGAUAUCAAAAAACAACUAACACAUUCGUUGCAAGGAGGCGGUCCCAGCUCCGGCGGAGUGCUGAAGCUUCCUGUGAGAAGAAAUUCUGUACAUGUGAAAAACGAAGACGAUAAUGAUGAUGAAGAACAGCACAAUGAGCGUAAGAGAAGAGACGAUAUCAACGAAAGAAUCCAAGAGCUUUUGACGCUCAUUCCACAAAAGUAUUUCCGGGAGUCUGCCAAAGAAGGCCUGGCAGGGCUAGAAGAUAACUCUUCCAAGUCGACUGGAACCAAGGAUGGAAAGCCUAACAAAGGACAGAUUCUUACUCAGGCAGUAGAAUACAUUCAGGCACUACAGAACUCGAUCGAUGAGAAUAACAGAAAAGAGGUUGAGCUCUUGCUUAAAAUGAAGACAUUCCAAAUGCAGCAGGAGGGAAAAGUGAACGUACCCAUAUCAGUUGGGGCCACCAGUGCCGAGCUAGCCUUGGGAGAAAUAGGUGUAGGACCACAUUCGCAAGAAUACUUCAAGGCUGUUCUCGCUAGAAAAAGUGAGGACUAA